AUGCUGGAAAGCAAGAUCGUAGGACUAACAGAGACACUGGACAAGAAGAAAGUGGAGAUUGAUUCUUUGAGGAAGCGGGUUGCCGUGGUAACCAAAGAGAAGCAUCACUACGAGCAGCUGACGUUUGAUCUUCAGAGUGAGCUGGAGAAAAAGGCCGCUGUGAUCAAGGACACACUUUCCAAACUGAGUGAAGCGGAGAGCGCCCUCAACGAGAUGGAGACGAUGGCAUCCCAGCAGCUUCAGAUGCUAGCCAGCCAAUCAGAGACGGCGUUAGAUGCUGCUCACAUCAAGAUCAAGCAACUGCAAUCUAGGAUCAGAGAGCUGGAAGGCUUUAUUGAGGACUUGGCAACUGAAUUCUCAUCACAAACUCAAACUGCCCUCGACCAGGCCCUAACAAAGCGUUCUAGGACCACCACCCCUGGACCUGGACCAGACCCUGAGAAGGACCAGUCCAUGAAAAGAGCCCAGAGCAUUGCAUCCUCCAUCCUUAACUUGAGCACAAAGGACCUGGAACAGUUCAUGGAGGAGGAGAAACAAGAGCAAAUUCAACCGAAUAAGCAGCUGGAGUCCCAUGAUCAAGACAGUGAGUGGCAUCAAAAAGUCAAGACAGUGCUCAACUCUAAGAAAUUUCAGAGGAAGAAGUUGAAGGAUUUGAUGAUGGAGAAGUUACACACACGAGAUGAAGCUCUCGCUCUGGCAAGAGGAUCAAGAUGA